UUGCGCAAACCGUGAUCUACGAACCAUCAAGGAUACGUAAAUGAUAGAGUACUACCCCGAAUGUGCUUUUCUCCGGUCUCUACAUGUGACCUUCAAUGUUAUUUCGAAGAUUCACGAUUGUAGUGGCAUUUGCCCUACCCAAAAUCGCCGAUUCCGCAGGUGAAUGUUUCCUACCAGACGGAUCAAAGGAUGAGAAUGAUCUACCAUGCUUCAGUAACGACACAGUCAGUAGAUGUUGUGCGCCUGACGAGUUCUGCUCGACGAACAAGCUAUGUGUUUUGAAGACUGGUGGCCCGAGAUAUGCUCGAGGUUCAUGUUUGGACAAGAAUUACGGCCCUACUUGUCCAACGUUUUGUAAAGGAAUUGAUGAUAAAGAGAAAGUCGAUCUCUUACCAUGCGGCGAUCCUUCCCUUGGCGAGUUCUGUUGCGAUGAAGGAAACGGAUAUGCAUGCUGUAGCACUCCUUCCAAAGUUCUUACCCUUGGAGUUGGGUCGACGUUUACAGAGGGUUCAGCUGAAUCAACCAUCAUGACUUCCAUGUCAAAGGCGCCCCAGGCGAAAACCUCGACAACAUCUCGCCGAGAAACCAGCUCAACAUCAAAAGAACGAUCUCAGUCCUCUACUAAAGUCCAGACCGAAACAUCAAUCAAAACCGAUACCUCUGUGCAGAUCAAAACAACCGUUCAAACUCAAACCUCCGUGGAAGCUCAAACCUCCACUCAAACCUCAAUACAAGUCCAGACUUCAGCCCAAGUCAUCACUUCUACACAAAUACAAACAUCAGACCAACUAGUUACUUCCAUCCAAGUUCAAACAUCUGUCCAGACGUCAAUCGUGGUUGUCACGUCAGUGUCAGUGCCAUCAAUAUCAAUACAGACCCAGCCACCAUCUUUUGGGAUACCAAUUGGCACAUCCGUCCUACCACCUAUUCCAGAGCCAUUAACCAGUAUCCUACCGACGACAAUUAAUACUUUCCAACACUCUACUGCCUCCACCCAGCCUUCCGCCGGUGUCAUUUCUCCCUCGUCGAUCACGCCAUUCUCAGCCACAGCAGAGAGUAUUGUGCAAAGCUCUCCGACCUCUUCGGCGCAAGACACUCCUAUUUCACCAAUAGUUGCAUCUGAAGUUAGUAGCUCUUCAGGGGCCAUUUCGUCGUCGAUCAUACCAAGUCAGACAACAGAUGGGGCAGCUUCGGUCACAUCAUCCAUUAUUGCCGGGGCUAUCUCAGCCACCAACAACCCAGCAACAUCUGGUGGCAUCUCUACUGCUGCGAUUGUGGUUGGGUCGGUUGCUGGUGCCCUUAUUCUGACUGUUCUUAUCAUAAUUGGAGUUAUUUACUUCAAGAAACGCGCUGAGAAGCGUGCCUCUGCUCGAUUCGAAACUUCACUUGGCAUAACGAAUUUUGGGUACGAGAAGAGUGCAUGGAAUGGAGAUGGAGGGAGUGGAAAGUUUGGUUUCGCUCUGGGGAAGUCCACGAGUAAGAGGAGUGAUAGGAAGCUGGGCAACAUUAGUGGUCCUAUUGCUGACAGGACUGCCAGUCCUGUUGAGACACUGAGGAGAGUGGCGGCAAGGACGAGUAUGGCGCCUGUCGAGUUGCCCAGUGACCAGAGGUUCGCAAACGGAAGAAGUGGAAGUCCUUACCAACGGAAUAGCGGUGGCGGGACCUCAAACAUCAGACCUACGGAACCUGCUCAAACUUUCAAUAUGCCCGAGCAAGGAGUACCGCGGAGAUUUACCGGUGACGGUCGAGGUUCAUUUGGACGUCCAGUCGAUGUCGGCGUUCCGCACCGAGUGGUAAUUCCAGAAAGAGGUCUCGAGCGAAGAGUCAGUGGUGGGACAUUUGAGGCAGCUCAGCAGACGGAGAGUGCACAGAGACCUGGUUACCCCGAUCUUGGCUCAACCUUCCGGAGCGAAACUUUCAAUAAAUUGUUAUAUGAUGUGCAGAGUCAACCAUUUUGACGCACGAAAGGAUCGCAAGCCGCUCUCAUUCUUGUAUUUACUCUG